GCUUCCUAAACGUCACGGACGCCCGGAAACGGUCGCAAAUUUAAACCGCCAUCACGGCAACAAUAAACACGGUCUUUCAGUCAUUCUGAUAUCUGAUAAAAGAACAUGAUUCGAAAAAAUUAAUCCAAAAUCAUGCAGAGGAAAAUUUAAAGGUGCAGCCGUAGAAUUUUUUUCCAAGCUGAACUAAAUCAACGUGCAGGUAUGGAGGAAGAAAUGGUAAUGACCGAGAAGGGACAGGCGGACGCUGGAAGCAGCGAGGAGGAGUCGGGGGUGGACAUGGCCAACGACAGCCCUGCAAAAAGAGGAAGGGGGAGGCCGAAAGGAUCCAAGAAGUUGCAGGUGUGGGUUACAGAUGUUAACCUGGAGCUGGGGUCGGAGAUUUCAAACGGCGGGUCCACACAGCCUGCGAGGAGAAGAGGGAGACCAAAAGGCAAGAAAAACACAGAGCAGCAAAGUGAGCAAGAAUCAGGAGACGACAACGCUGAUAAUACUCCAAAACCACAGAGGGGACGAGGGAGGCCAAAAGGGUCAGGGGUAAAGAAACAGGCCAGUAACGAAGACCAGUCCCCUAAGAAAAGAGGUCGGCCAAAGGGCUCGACCAACAAAAAAACCCUCAACAAGUCCAUUGCCAGUGAAGAUGAAUCAGGAGCAGACUUAUCUAAUGGUGGGGCCGGUCCACCAAAAAAAGGAAGAGGUCGGCCAAAAGGGUCAGGGAAGCGCAAGGCAGAAAGCGAGGAAGAGAACGACGGCAGUUCUGCUCCACCUAGGAAAAGGGGUCGGCCAAAGGGCUCUCUCAAUAAGAAAACCCAGCUGAGAGAUGCAAGCGGCGAGUCGAAAGAAGAUAUUACGAAUGGUAUCUCCAGACUGUCUCGCAGAGGGAGAGGUAGGCCAAGAAAAGUUGCCAAAAGUGACCAAGCCACAGAUGGUUCCCCGCCACGAAAGAGAGCACGCGGUCGGCCAAAAGGCUCCUUGAACAAGAAGACUGGCCGUGGCAAGGUAGGCCGUCCACGGAAAGUGGAUUCCAUAAUAUUAGACGUGGCCACUCCGCGAAGGAAGCGCGGGCGACCGAGGAAAGACGCACAGCAUACGGCUAAAAGGGGAAGGCCGAGGAAGCACCCUUUACCAUCAGCUGAUGAGGUAAAAAAACCAAAAAUAUGGAAGCCGCUGGGAAGGCCGAGAAAAUACCCGCGUGUUGAUCCUCCAGAGGGAGUCACACCAACCCCACGCAGAGGCCGAGGCCGCCCUCGCAAGUCAGAGUCAAGAAAAGGCGCUCACUUUCGCAAGCAUUUGCCAGUGACUACUUCAUCAUCCCCGCGUUCCCCCAGCGAUGGGUUCCCGAGAAAGAGAGGCCGUCCUGCAGGUACUGUAAAAAGUGAAGAUGGCACCCCACGAAAAAGGGGUCGCCCCAAAGGCUCUGGCAAGAAAUCAAAAGCAGAAGGUGAGACAGAGUUGGAGAGUGCGACAGGUGAGCAGGAGGAAUAUGAAGAACGAGUGGAACAGGAAGUGGAGCAGGAUGGGGAGGCUGUGCCUGAAGAAGACGCAGAAAACACAUUCAUGGAUCAUGGCAGAAGCUUUGGGCAUCUUGAUGGUAAUGACUUGCCAGAAAGCACUGAAACAGCGAUAAAUGAAGGUUAGUAAGUAGGCUUGGUAAGGGUCCCAGAGAUAGUGGCAUGGAAUCUGGCUCAACCAAAAAGGGCGCAGUAAAUUGGACACAGCACGAACAAAAAAAGAAAAAAAUACAACACCUAGUUGCUGUUUAAAACAUAGAAUACAAUCUUGUUAAAUGAAAAGACAUGUUUUUAACAUUUUGUCAUUUGGGUAGCCUAGAUAUUCUGCAGCUCCUCUUUUGUUUUCCUGACUAACUUGUUCACUUUCUUUUAAUGUGCUUUGGAUGUCUUUGAUGCCUUCAUUGAAACUGAUUUUUUUCUUUCUUUUUUCUUUUUUUUUUUUUUAAUUGUUAGUACUUUGUCUCAUCAUCUGGGUAACCGAUGUGAAAACUUUUACUGGAGAUAAAGAACAAGCAUGUAUAGAUGAUCACUGAUCUGUCCCAUUUUAAUUUAGUCAUCACUUUUACUGUAAUAACAUUUGAACUUUUGAGUCAAAUCCCUCGGUUACUAGGGGACGACUUCUGGAGGGGAAAAAAAUGUCAAAACAAUAAUCUUAACAAUAAACACACAGUUAAAAUAUUGAGUGAUGUUGGUUGGGUAUGAGGGGCAUAUGACACUGUCUAAAUGAUGUCAUGCAUUUUAAUCUCUCUAAAUGUCAUUUCACAGUUGAAUACGUCUUCAUCAUUUAUUUUGCCUUAAUUGCCAAAGCUUUGAAUGUACUGUUCGGUUACCAUUCCUAGAUCAACCAGUUCUCCACACAGAUUGGACUCACAUCUUUGUCAGAUGCAUUCCUUGACAGAACGAAAGGCGUUGCGGGCCGCUCAACUCUGUGUUAAUCUCCAGUUUAUGAUUACAGUCAUGCCCUGAAGAUUUGCUCCUCGAGAUACACCAUUUACUUUUGUCUCUUUUUUCCCUUCUUUUUAGCCGUUAGCCAGUUAUAGCUGUAAUUUUAACUUCACUCUUUUUCUCUAAAUGUUUAUGUGUAGCUGUGAAGUUUUUAGCCUUUUCUUUUUUUAUAACUUGGAAAGUCAUGAGAUUAAAUUCAAGUGGUUUGGGUGGUUUGAUUUCACAAAACACAGAUUGACUUGUUUGUGAAUACCUAUUUGUGUAAUUUGAGUGUGACAUGUUGCUGGUUUAUAGGUAUAUUUUUUUGUACAUCCAGUAUGUCAUUGUUAUUACAGAUAACACGUUUGAGUUGUUUGAGUCAAACUUUUGUUAAAAAUUACUAAAUGCCAAAAUGUGCUACUCUGUGUCCAGGUAUAAUUUCUUAAAGAAAAUGAGAUGGAAAUGCGUACGAGACUGUGCUUCAAAAGUUGUAGAAAUUCAAUCUGGCUCUGUGAAGUCAAACCAUUUGGAAUAAACAUAUUUUGGUUUUGUGUGUUUUGAACGAAAAAGCCAAUUUGUGAGUUAAUGGUCUUGAAAUAAAAUGUCGAUCUUGCCGUUUUAUUUUC